UCCGCGGUAAUGGAGGCUGAGGUUGAGUGCUGACGGGGCCGGGCUCUGCUUCUAGCUUUAACUGUGGCUCUGACUCUUGUUACGGACUCGGAGUUUGGGUCUGGGUCUGGUGUGGGUUUAGGUCUGGCAGCCUGAAGACUGGAUACUUUUUCUCGCUUCUCGGAGUGGGGACGGCCUGGGUGCAAGCAGCUGGUUAGGAGCUCCUCAACGCGAGAGGGAGUUCUCUUCCCUGGGGUCCUGCCUGUAAAGCCGCCGCCUCCUCCCAGGGAUCCCGCCCCACCGGCCGGGCCUCCUCCAUGCAGUUGAAACAGGUUGAUAACCAUUAACCUGGAUUGCAACUACAGGUGGCACUGGAAGUAGACUGGUUCCCGGACAUGCCCGGUGGAAGGAGGGGCCCUAGUCGGCAGCAGCUAAGCCGCUCAGCUUUACCUUCUUUACAGACUUUGGUUGGUGGGGGCUGUGGCAAUGGAACAGGCCUGAGAAACAGGAAUGGUAGCGCUAUUGGCCUUCCGGUCCCGCCUAUCACAGCCUUAAUCACACCAGGUCCUGUUCGUCAUUGCCAAAUACCUGAUUUGCCUGUGGAUGGGAGCCUGCUCUUUGAAUUUCUCUUUUUCAUCUACUUGCUGGUUGCUCUGUUCAUUCAGUACAUCAACAUCUAUAAAACAGUGUGGUGGUAUCCUUACAAUCAUCCUGCUUCUUGUACUUCACUGAAUUUUCAUCUCAUUGAUUAUCACCUGGCAGCAUUUAUCACAGUGAUGCUUGCGAGGAGGCUCGUAUGGGCCCUCAUCUCAGAGGCCACCAAAGCAGGUGCAGCCUCUAUGAUUCACUACAUGAUACUGAUAUCAGCUCGCUUAGUGCUACUUACUUUGUGUGGAUGGGUGCUUUGCUGGACCCUCGUCAACCUCUUCCGAAGCCAUUCAGUCCUCAAUCUCCUUUUCCUUGGCUAUCCAUUUGGUGUUUAUGUUCCUCUCUGCUGUUUCCAUCAAGAUAGUAGAGCUCAUCUUCUCCUCACAGACUAUAACUAUGUGGUUCAGCACCAGGCAGUGGAAGAAAGUGCCUCGACUGUGGGUGGUUUGGCCAAAUCCAAAGACUUCCUCUCCUUAUUGCUGGAGUCUCUAAAAGAACAGUUUAAUAAUACCACGCCCAUACCCACCCACAGCUGCCCCCUCUCUCCAGACCUUAUUCGCAAUGAAGUAGAAUGUUUGAAAGCAGAUUUCAACCACAGAAUCAAGGAAGUUCUCUUCAACUCCCUCUUCAGUGCCUACUAUGUUGCAUUUCUUCCCCUGUGUUUUGUGAAGAGUACCCAGUACUAUGACAUGCGCUGGUCAUGCGAGCAUCUCAUUAUGGUGUGGAUCAAUGCUUUUGUCAUGCUGACCACACAACUCCUGCCAUCCAAAUACUGUGAUCUGCUACAUAAGUCAGCUGCUCACCUGGGCAAAUGGCAGAAGCUGGAACAUGGGUCCUACAGCAAUGCUCCACAGCACAUAUUAGCACAGGCCUUCAAGCCCAGGAACUGAAAGAGAUUGGGCCAGGCUGAAAAGAAACCCGACUGUGGGCAAGGACAAAUUUCAAUAAAAAUUGAAAAUACAAUCCACAGUACUAGUACUGUACAUCUUCAGGCUCCUGAUGGCACAUGGCCAUGAGGUGUAUCAUCACUUUAAUGCUGGUAAGUGUGAGCAAGGCUGAUGGAACAUUUUCUGAACUGGGAAAGCUUCAGGGUGCUAAAUUUUUUUUUUAACAUAUCUAAAAUGCUGUCCCAGUUCUUACCCUAGGAAACUAACCUUUCCAAAAUCAGGAAGAAAUGAAUUAACUUAGACUUUUUUACAAAGCUUAACCUGAAGAUCCCCAUCCCCACCCCAACUCCAUUACAUUGGUGCUGGAAAGAAUGAAACUUCUGUAACUUCUUUUUCCUAGAGAAACCUCUAUAAAAAUAAACCAAGAAAGCGGUAAAAAGUCUGUCUGUCAAUACUUUGUGUGUCUCUAUGUCUUCUGUAUAGUUUUUUGCAUGUAUGAGGUAUUUGAAAUAUAAAUAAACAAACAAACCAGUAUUUUUUUAGCUUUUAGGGAUACAAUUCUGUAGUAAAUAUCAUGCUAGUGUGACAUGUUAAUUUUUCCACUGCACUAUUGCCAUCUACUUUCUCUUAUUUGUUCCCUCCAGCAUUUCCACCAGUAAACGCUGCUCACUUGGGACUGAGAUGAAAACUCACCUGCUUAAUUUUGUGACCCUUAGAUUCCUUGCUUACACAUUCAUUUCUGCUCAGUGUCCCUGGACACUGAGUUCACUGUAUCGCUUUGCACCCACUCUUUACUAUGUAGUAAUGAAGUAAUAAUAACAAAUCCCUUCUAACUCCUUCUAGUUUUACCAUGGAAUUACUGUAUUUUCAGAAUUCAGGCAGAUGAAGCCUUGAAUACUUAAUCCAUUCUAUAGAAAUAAGCAGGCCUUCCUAGAUGCUAUCUUAUCUGUCAUUGUAAAUAUGCUGACAUUGCUUUUCUUUCUCCCUUAGUUGGUCAGAAAAUACAAUAUGGCCUCAAGGGGUGCUGGUGCGACACAGCAGAUGCUUAUAUAGAGCCAUGGGGCCUUACAA